AUGGCCUACAAGUCGACUGGUCCUCAAUUCACUCGCAGUGAUUGCUUCUUCGGCAAUGGAGUAUCCGCUACUCAAUGGCUAAAACACUUUCACACCAUAAUAUCCGGCUACGAGUAUACAUUAAAGCAGUACCUCGAAUGGCUUGAUUUACUUCUUAUGGACGACGCUGCAGACUAUCAUAGCUUUACAAGCUUGUUCUAUACACGAUUUGAGUCCCUUAUCGAGUUCCACAGCGGAGUACGAGACCAGCCACCACAGCUACCGGAGCAGCCUAUCGUACCAGAGCAGCCUAUCACAUCCGAGCAGCCUACCUUACCUGAGCAGCCUACCGUACCACAGCUGUCAGAGCCUGCUCCAAAGCUAUCAGAGCAGCCUACAUUACAGCUACCAGAGCAGCCCGUCGUAAUACAGUCAGCUCCAUCAGUACCAGAGCAGCCUGCUCCGAGCUACCAAAGCCUACUCCACAGCUACCAAAGCCUACUCCAGAGCUACCAAAGCAGCUUACCCCAGAGCUACCAGAGCAGUCUAUGCCAGUCAUACCACAGUCAGCUCCAUCAGUACCAGAGCAGCCUACUCCAGAGCUACCAAAGUCUACCCUACAGUUACCGAGCAGCCCGUCAUAUCACAGUCAGCUCCAUCAGUACCACAGCAGCCUACUCCACAGUACCGAGCAGCCUACUCCACAAAUACCAGAGCAGCCUAUCGUACCAAAGAAGCCUGUCAUACCAGAGCAGCCUAUCUACAGCUACCAAAGCCUACUUUGCAGCUACCGAGCAGCUCACCACCUCACUCAGCAGUCCGGUACUACCUACACCAUUAGAUCUGGCCUAUCAUAGGCUGCUUGCUACGAUGCUAUUUGUUUAUGAUGCAUUUUUGCUAAGUACAUCUUUCGGGGCUUAUUUUGCUAUGGCUUUGCUUGCUACCUUGUUGGUAUAG